AUGAGCAAAGAGAAAGUUCCAGAAGAAGACUUGAAUCUACCGUAUUUCCAUGGAGCGCUUAUGAAUCAAGACGCUGAUCAGCUGCUGGUCAAUGAUGGCGAUUUUAUGGUGACGAUGAAGUUGCAAAUCGAUAUUAACAAAUUAGUGGUUCGUCUCAAAAAAGGCAUCCGUCGCUACGAGAUCAAACGCCUCCCUGGCUCGGCGAAAUUGGGCUCACGGAGCAAAGAAACAAUCGAUAAAUUGAUCAACUCCCUCAAAACCGAUGUUUUGGAGAUAAAAGGGGAGAAGAUAGUGUUGAAGCGAGCAAUAGCCAAAGGCAAAUUUCAAUUGAUGCACAAAGAUGUCAUUUUUAAGAAAAAAAUUGGCGCGGGCGCCUACGGGACAGUGUACCGAGGGCGAUUAGUGAAAACCAAUGAAGUGAUAGCUGUGAAAAAGUUGGAUCCAGAAUCAGCAGAUGAGGAUGGUUUGGCUGAAAUGAUGAAGGAAGCAAGGGUCAUGCAGUUGUACGAUCAUCCGAACAUUGUCAAAUUCCACGGAUUCAUUUUGGACGAUUUGCCAUAUUUGUUGGUGCUGGAGUUUUGCAAUGGUGGCUCGGUGGAGGAUCGAUUGAGGGACAAAGGAUCGCGACUUACCGUACCCACUCGUGUCCACUACACCUACAUGGCAGCGUGCGGAAUGGAUUACCUGCACAAAAAAGGAUGCAUCCAUCGAGACAUUGCCUCGCGAAACUGCCUAAUCCAUCGAGGAAUCGUCAAAAUGGCCGAUUUCGGAAUGUGCCGCGCGACUACAGUAUACAAAAUGGACAUGAGCAAACCGUGCAACGUCCGUUGGUUGGCUCCAGAGGUUUGGGAUAACGGAGAGACGCGAUUCAAUACUGAUGUCUACGCGUUUGGAAUCAUGAUGUGGGAAUUCUUCGAAAUUCCAUAUGCUACGCCGUACGCGGAGAUGAAAGCUGGUCAGGUUAAGCGCAAAACUCGAACUGGGUACCGUCUACCACCGCCAGCCGCAAUGCCUAAAGAAGUGGGAGAUAUCAUGAAGGAAUGUUGUCAACCAGCUGCUGAUAAACGUCCGAAUGCGGAGAAGUUGAAAGAAAUGCUCGAAGAGGUUUAUAAGAAGCAGAAUCCGACGGAAACGACGCAUAACUCGAGUUUGGCGGCUCCGGUGAGUACUGAGCCAACGGCGAAAUCGAAUAUCGCCUCGAAAAUCGAUAAUGGAGCAUUGAAGAAGAAGGCUGAGAAGGAGAAGAAGAAGUCGAGAGAUUCGAAAGGAUGA